UUACGAUAUUUUAAGAAAUUAUUAUAAAUAUAUGUAAACGAUAUUAUUGUAUUUGAGAAUAAAAGGCAAAAUGAUUUUGGCUAUUUUUGGUCCAUCAAUCAUUGGACAUCUAUUUUUAAUGUUUAAAUGUUAUGCAAACACAUCAUAUAUUUAAAAAUAUCUAUGUAAUACAACAAUAUAAAAAUGUAAUGCAAAAACAAGAUUUUAAAAAAAAAAAGAUGAGAGAGAAAAGUUUACUAAAAAUAUAAAAUUACAAAAUAUAAAGAAGAAAGUUAGUUGAUUCUCUCACAAUGUGACUUGCUUGGAAGGAACUAAUAUAUGCCAUAACAUGAUACAACCUUUUCUUGAGGAAGGUGCCUGGUGUUACUGGGUUGUGUCUGUUGGAGCGUUAUUGUGCUUCCUUGGUCUCAUUGUUGCUUGUAUUUGUAGCUGUCGUCGCAACGAAAAUAAGAAUGAAUUUCUUGGCCUUGCUGGAAUGGUAACUCUAAAUGAUUCUCAAGACGGCUUUAACAGGAUUUCGAUGACAAAUACUCUUCACAUAGCAACACAAGAUAUUAUUGACAGUGGAAAAAGGUCAACUGGUGCCAAUAGAAGUCUUCCAGAUAUUCCAAAAGAUAAAGAAAAAAGACAUGAAAAUACAGAUGCAUCUAUAUCUCAAGAUAUUUAUGAAAUUACUGAAACGAUCGGUGAUCAUUCGGAACUCUAUGCCACUGUUCAGGACACAGGAAAAGAACAAGUAUCUGAAUUGAAUGUGCCAGAAAUUUUACAUCAAAAUCCAUUAAAUCAAAAAAAUUCUGAUAAUGAGUAUUUAAGAUUUCCAUCAUCUCCUAAUUCGGAAAAUGUUGAACAUCCGUAUGCUCAACUUCAAAAUGUUCAAAAAACUGAAGCUAAUCAAUUGAAUCGAAAUAACAUCAAACAAGUUAUUGAUGUUGAGAAACCAUCAACAUCAACAUGUCAAAAUAAUGGAAAUCCAGUUGCUCCCCCAAGAACUCGUCGCUCUUCAUCGCAUAAUUCACUUAUAUCUACCGAAACUGGCCCGUGUGAUAUUCAAGCAGCUAAUGCCAUAUCUGGUGGAGUACAAGCUAAUCAAGAUUUACCUUAUAUGACACCACCGUUAUUGAUGUUGCUUCCUCAACCACCGCAAUCUCAGUCAAAUAAUAUACAACAGCAUUUUAGUGGAGAUUCUCAAGAUUCUAAAGGAUACACAAGCAUCAGCGUAAGAGAACCUCUAGCUAAUAUAAUUGCACAAACAAAAACAAUUUGUCGACAGAGUCAAUCCAUUCGAUCAUCUAUAGAUCCCCAUUACGCAACAGUGUCGGAUGACUCUGAUGAGAUGUAUGCUGCGAUCGAUGAACAAGAUAAAGUAUAUACUAGUGGUAGCGAAACAUAUGCUCAAAUACAACCGACGAUGACAGAGGUCCAACGAAUACAAAAUGAGCAAACAUUAUUCUCUCGAGUUCCGUCUCGUUCUGAUGAAACAUUCCCUGCUCCGCAACCUCCAAGUGUCGACAGUUUACGGCAUGUUGCACAUGCUCAUUCGAGACAAGCUUCAUCCUCAAGUGCCAAUAGUUCUAUCGUAAAUCCUGGAUCACCGAAGCCUGAGAAACGUCAAGCUAAUUCUCCAUUACCACCUCCACCAGAAGGAACGAUAGAAGUAUAUGCAUCGAUUGAUAAGAGGACAAAAAAUGAGGAUCGAUUGAAAUCGACUUUGUCUAGUGGAAAAUCUCUAGAGGAUAUGUAUGCUAAAGUAAUGAAGAAAAAGAAAGAUGUUGAAGAACAACAAAAUGACGCACAUUCGAGUUCUCAAGGAAUUCUACAUUCCGAAAUAUUUGUUCGGAAACCAAGCUUUGUUGAAAAUAAUAGGAUUUCAUCGUCUAGUCAUGAUUCCAUGGAAAUACAAAAAAAGGAAUGCGAUUCUGUCGAUAAUGGCAACCUAGAUGGGGAUAUUUUAGUAAAAUCAUCUUCUUCGCUGUUUAAAAAUGGUGAUAAUGCGGAUUCAUCAAAUUUCCAACUUGGUUAUAAUUAUGAACCUAUGAAUGAUUUGCAAACUAGACAUUCAACAAUUCGCGAAUCCUGUGAUCCGAAUUACGAAAUGUUAUGUCCGCAAGAAAGAGUCUCUGUUGACACUAUACCAGAUUAUCAGCAAAAUGAUAGUUCCGUAUCAAUUUCUCUACGAAAUAAUACUGAUUUGCCAACCACUUCUAUUUCUCCUUCUUCUUCUGUUUCUUCUUCUUAUUCCAAACCGUUCAAACAUCGACAAAUUAGUAAUGCUAGCAGCGAAGAUCCCGGAUAUGAGAAAGUAAGAUUAAGAAACAGAUGUGAAAUAGAUCCAGACACAGAUUCAGAACCUAAUUAUGAAAGUAUGCCACAUGAUACAGGAGAACCAAAUUAUGCAUCAGUUUGUCGACCCGGUGAUAGCGAUACGGAUCCUAAUUACGAGUCUGUUAAUCAUGAAGAUCCUAAUUACGAAAGCGUGAAAUAUAUGAGUGUUACUCGUACGGAAGAACCGCCAUAUGAGCAAGUGAACGCGUAUAAAGUCGAACAGAAUUCUAGUGGAUAUGAGAAAGUAAAAAAACAUAUAUUGUGUAACACUGAUUAUGAACAGAUUCAUCAGAAUCAUUCGACUGAUUCGAUUAAUGGGGAUACCGAUGACGAGCAAUAUGUGCAAGUCUAGUCUCUUAUUUUUCGUUUUAUUUCUUUUUUGUGUUUUCUUAUAUGUUUCGUUAUAUUUUCCAACAUGUAUCAUACGCAUUUCUUUUUUUGACUUUGGCAAUUUUUUUUUCUUUCAUAUCCAACAUUCGUAAAAUUAAUUGUUUAAGCCCGAUGUACACAAGCGAAAUAACAUCAUCCCAACUAUAAAGAUGCCAAAUUAUCAUUACAAAUCCGCAACGGUACCGUGUCACCGCUCGUAUGCCUCUAACCUUAACAUAAUUACAUUAACUACAUCACAUGGAGGAAAAACACGAGUUCAUCGAACUUCGUUCAUAGUAUUUAUUAGAUGUGCAAUAAUGAUACGCAUUAUUUACUUUUAAUUAUAUAUAUAUUAAUAAACAAAUGAAUUAAAUAUUUAAAAAAAAUUAUAAUAAUCAAGUGAAUAAUGCAUUUCAUUUUCGCUUUAGUUCAAAUUGAAAACGAAACGGAAAAAGAAAGUGAGAGUUCGUUACUUCAUUGUUUCUCAACUUACAGAAACAAACUUAUUUAUUUAUAAGAUUAUUUUCUUCUUCGUUAUCUCCUUUUCCUUUUUCUCGAAUGACAAUUUUAAUAAUUUGUAAAUUAUUGGAAUAUGUAUUCUGUAUAUAAUUUUGUGCAUUGUAGACAUAAAGUGUUUUCUUUUUUUGAACACAUUUUGUUUAAGAUAUAUCUCGCAUAAAUCAAUAACGAUGAUGAUAAUAUAAAUUACAUAUGUGUUAUACACAUGUACGCUUUUGAGCAUAGCACAACUUGCUUACGGCGCUAAUUUACAAGAGGUAAACAAUGUCGUAAUUAAACGCAUUCAUAUUAAAUGCAACGAUUUGUAUUCUUUUAUAUGUAUUUUUCACGAAGUCGAAUGUCUUUCGGUAAAAUAAAAGAUAUUUAAAAAAAAAAAGAAAAAAA